AUGCUUUCCAACAUUGCUCUCUCCGCCCUGGCUUUGGCUGGAUUUUCUGCCGCUGCCCCCACGCAGACUCUUGAAGAGCGUGCCGCUGACCGCUAUGUAUUCUAUACGGGCAAUGGAGGCGCUGGCUGGCCAGCACUUAGUGCCUGGGGUAGCUUCGAUCAACUUUGGAAUGCCAACGUCCCUGUGAUGCGCAAGUCUUGUGGAUGGAACGGAUGGGGUGCUGACAACUCGGACAACGAGAUCAAUGCCAUUAAGAAUGCUAUCAAUAGCGUCUCCGGCUCGACUGGUGUUGACAAGCGAUUCAUCCUUGCCAUCAUCAUGCAGGAGAGCAAGGGCUGUGUGCGAGCCCCUGUUACCAACAAUGGUGUUCGCAACCCAGGACUCAUGCAGUCUCACAAUGGCUCUGGCAGCUGUGCUGGUGUUAACCCUUGCCCCAGCGGCACCAUCACCCAGAUGGUCAAAGACGGCACAGCUGGAACUUCUUCUGGCGACGGUCUGAAGCAGACCCUCGCUAAAACCAGAGCCAAAGUCGGUAAAGAUGGUAGCCGCCCUUACUAUGCCGCCGCUCGUAUGUACAACUCUGGAUCAGUUGACUACAACAACCUCAACAACGGUCUUGGAAGCACAGCGUGCUAUGCCACUGAUGUUGCCAACCGCUUGACCGGCUGGACUUUGGCUGCAAGCCAGUGCCGUGCAUAA